GUAGCAGGCCGGUUUUCAGAAGUUCAAAAGCAAUCCGCUCACUUGACCAAAAAAAACCUAUUUCAAAUAUGAAAAAGAAAAAGUACCCAAAGUUUGCUCUUUUGAUCUUCUUUUUCUCUCUUUGUUCUUGGUAUGGAGAUGCAACCCCACAAAGCAAGACCAACCUAGUGAAUAUUGGCGUUCUACUUGAUGACCUUAACUCACGGGAGGCUAAAAUAUGGAAGAGUUGCCUUGACUUGGCCCUCUCAGACUUCUACUAUUCUAAUUCUCACUAUAAGAGUAAACUGGUCUUGAACACUCAAGAUUCAAAGAAGACUGUGGUUGGGGCAGCUGCUGCAGCUGUUAAUCUGAUCAAGAAAUCACAAGUGCAAGCCAUCCUCGGGCCUGUUACAUCGAAGCAAACUAACUUUGUCAUUAAUCUUGGAGAUCAAGCUCAUGUCCCCAUAAUAUCAUUUUCUGCCACAAGCCCUGCUCUCACGUCACUCCGGAGCUCUUAUUUUUUCCAAUUUUCAGAAAAUGACUCCUGCCAAGUGAGAGCAAUAAGUGCUCUUGUUGAAGAAUUUGGAUGGAGACAAGUCGUGCCCAUUCUGGUAGACAAUGAGUUUGCGGAGGGAGUCAUGUCGUCUUUAACUGAUGCCUUGCAAAAUAUUGAUGCUGGUAUCCCCCACCGGAGUUUCAUCAGAGCAUCAGCCACUGAUGAUCAAAUUGUUGACGAGUUGUACAAGUUAAUGAAGAUGGAGACCCGGGUCUUUAUUGUUCACAUGACAACUGAUCUAUCGUCUAGACUAUUUUCUAAGGCAAACGAGCUUGGAAUGAUGAGUGAAGGUUAUGUCUGGAUCAGCACUACUGAGAUACUUAAUAGUCUUCAGUCUCUGAAUUCUUCAGUCAUCUAUUCCAUGCAAGGUGUAUUGGGUGUACAAACUCACAUUCCAAGAACAAUAAAGCUUGAAGAACUCAAGCAAAGGUGGAAAUUACAAUUCCAACAAAACAAUCCCACCAUCAUUGAUGCUCAAUUAGAUGUUUUUGGUCUCUGGCUAUACGAUGCUGCUCAAGCACUCGCAAUGGCAGUUGAAAAGGUGGGGACGACAAGUACUCUAGGCUUCCAAACGUCAAAUGCUUCGUUAAAUUUGACAGAUCUUGAAACUUUGGGGGUCUCUAAAUAUGGUCCAAAGCUAUGUCAGGCGCUAUCAAUGACUAGAUUUGAAGGCAUUGUUGGAGAUUUCAGAAUUGUUGACAGACAACUUCAGUCAUCUACUUUUGAGGUAGUUAAUGUAAAUGGUGGUGGAGCAACAACAAUUGGAUUUUGGACUAAGCAAAAUGGGCUACUGAGAAAGUUAGGUUCAUUAGCAAAUUCUAGUUCCAAGUGCAAUCUUGGACCUAUCAUAUGGCCGGGCGAGUCUCUAUCCGUCCCCAAGGGAUGGGAGCUCCCUAAAAAAGGGAAGAAGUUGCGAAUAGGUGUUCCUGUCAAGCUUGAUUUUACCGAGCUUGUUAAGAUUACUAAAGAUCCAAAAACUGGCACUACGGACGUCACUGGUUUCUGCGCUGACAUUUUUAAGGCUGUCGUAGAAGGACUACCUUAUGCUCUCCCUUAUGAUCUCAUUCCCUUUGCGAAACCUGAUGGCUCCAGCGCUGGCACAGAAAAUGAAUUGUGCUAUCAAGUUCAUCUUGGGAACUAUGAUGCUGUUGUCGGAGACAUAACAAUCAACGCAAAGAUGUCAGAGUACACAGAAUUUUCAAUGCCAUACGCAGAAGCCAAUGUGGCCAUGGUUGUGCCAGUCAUCGACCUCAAGAGAAAAGGUGCAUGGACUUUCCUCAAGCCGUGGAGCUGGGAUCUUUGGGUUGCAACAUCUUGUUUCUGCCUCUUUAUUGGUUUUGUGGUUUGGCUUCUUGAACCUACAAAUCCAAAUAAUAACCGUCAUAUCUUAUAUCAAAUUGGCACCUUUGUCUUGCUCUCCUUCCCAAUAAUAUAUUUGACAAACGCGGACAGAGUACGGGGCAACUUGUCUAGGUUUGUAUUGAUUAUGUGGAUAAUUUUUCUGGGAAUACUGAUACAAAGUUAUGAAGCCAAUCUAGAAACAGAAUACACAAAGCUAAAUGUCAAGCCUAUUGUUACUGAUAUCAAUUAUCUAUUGAAGAGGGGAGAAAGCAUAGGCUACAUAGCGGGUGCUUAUACUUUCGACAUCUUAAGACAGGCAGGUUUUGACAGUUCCAAGCUGAAGGGUUUUGGAACCAUGAAAGAUAUUGACCAAGCUCUUUCAAAAGGAAGUGCAAAUGGUGGUAUUGGUGCUUUUGUUGGUGGCACCUCCCACAUGCACCUUUUUCUUCAAAAAUAUUGCAGCAAAUAUAUCAUCGUUGCUAACGUCUUUAAAACGAUGGGCUACGGCUUUGUGUUUCCAAAGCGAUCCCCUCUUCUAUCAGAUAUUUCGCAAGCAAUUCUGAACUUGAGGGGAGGAGAAAAGAUGAUCAACAUUAGCAACAUAUGGUUGAAGAAACAUAGCGAUUGUCAAGAGUUAAUUCCGUCAAGCAGACUUGGCCUUGAUAGCUUUUGGGAACUCUUCUCAAUAGUAUUUAUCUGUUCAAUACUUGCUAUAAUGAUUAAUCUCAUCGACUGUAUUAGGGCUGUUUGGAAUAAUUUACGAGCGUCUGUAUGGAAUAGAAUUACGGCCAUGUUCAACCGCAUAGUUACAUUGUGGUUGGACAUAAAAAGUCGGUAUUAAUUUCUCCUAAAGUCAA